GGGAGAUUCACGCACAUUCCGGUAGAUUUUCCAGUUUCUGGGGAAGUCAAAAUUUCUAGGGUUUUCGAUUUUGUUUUCUUCCAAAUGUUCUCGAAUCAGUUUGUUCUCUUCUUCUCUCUUCUUCUAUGUCUCCCAUUCGUCUUCUUCUUUGUAGCGCCUCAUGUUUUCCCUUCUCCUCCUGGUGAAUCUUUGAUCCCAAUCUCCGAUGAGAUUGAUGACCGGAGUUUAUUCAUCGCCGCUGCUGGGUCAACCUCUCUUUCCCAUCUUUCAUCUGGAAACCCUAACCCUAAGCUCAAGAUUGCUUUUUUAUUCCUCACCAACUCCGAUCUCCAUUUCGCGCCAAUCUGGGAUCGGUUCUUCUCUGGACAUUCUAAAUCGCUCUACAACGUCUAUGUCCACGCAGAUCCUUUUGUCAAUGUCACAAGACCUGGGAAUGGCUCUGUGUUUGAGAAUGCCUUCAUUGCAAACGCUAAACGCACCGCAAGAGCUUCUCCGACUCUUAUCUCCGCCACGCGGCGCCUCCUCGCCACCGCUUUCCUCGACGACCCUGCGAACACUUACUUCGCUGUGCUGUCUCAGUAUUGCAUUCCUCUCCACUCGUUCAACUAUGUUUAUAGCUCUCUCUUUGAAUCCUCCACUUUUGAUAAAUCUGAUCCGGAUCCAACUCCGAAUCCGAGAGGUAUUCGAAUCUUGUAUCGGAGUUUUAUGGAACUGAUAUCCGAUGAGCCGAGGCUGUGGAAACGGUACACUGCUAGGGGAAGGUAUGCUAUGAUGCCUGAGGUUCCGUUUGAGAAAUUCCGAGUUGGUUCACAGUUCUUUGUUAUGACCAGAAGACAUGCUUUGCUAACUAUCAAAGAUCGGAUCUUGUGGCGUAAAUUCAAGCUCCCGUGUUAUCGUCCUGAUGAGUGUUACCCGGAGGAGCAUUAUUUCCCGACGCUGUUGAACAUGAAGGAUCCAGAUGGGUGCACUGGUUAUACCCUGACCCGGGUCAACUGGACUGGCACUGUGAAAGGACAUCCUUACACCUACAAACCAAAGGAAGUCGUGCCCGAGUUGAUCCAGAGACUCCGGCAAUCAAAUCACUCUAGCUCCUACUUUUUCGCCCGUAAAUUUACUCCAGCUUGCCUGAAGCCGCUGUUGGCCAUUGCAGAUUCUGUGAUUUUCAGAGAUUAAGUUAUGCAGGGUGAGAAAACAAAAGUUUUGGUGAGCAGAGGAGGUUUUAUGUAUGGUUUGAAGAACAAAUGCCACUUUCAGGAUUAAGAAGGGGCAAAUCGAAACGAUGUUAGGAGGCUUUGAGGCUUGAAAUAAAUAAACCAGCUUUAG